AUGUCAGGCCGUGGAAAGGGAGGAAAGGGACUCGGAAAAGGAGGCGCCAAGCGCCAUAGAAAAGUCCUCCGUGAUAAUAUUCAAGGAAUUACCAAGGUUAGUUUUUUGUAGUUAUAUGUUCUGCUUUUUUUAUGAAAAAAAAUUUUCCGUGAAGUUUGAAUAGAAAAAUUUCAGCCAGCUAUCCGUCGUUUGGCUCGUCGUGGUGGUGUCAAGCGUAUUUCGGGACUGAUCUACGAGGAAACUCGUGGAGUUCUUAAGGUUUUUUUUGAAGCAGAAAAAAGUUAUCAUAUCCUUUGAUUAUAUAGUUCGUCAAACUAAUUUUGUGGGAUCUUGUAAACUUCCGAAUUUCUAGGCAGUAAAAAUUGCGAAAUAAAAUAUAGUUUACUCUUAUAAAUGCAUGCUUUGGAAGCUUUGCCAUUUUUUUUUUCUUUUCAUUUCAUCAUGGUUUUGUUCUCGCUAGUGUUAUAGAUAGCUUUCAAGCGUUUCAACUUUCAGCUGGGUGAAAAGUUUGAAAAAUCAUUUUGUUGAAUAAAAAUUAUUGGAAGAUCAGUUUUUUGCGGAGUCAAUAAUAUGAGAAGUGAAAAAAAUUUUUUUUCAAAUUUGUGAAUGACAAGACUGAAAAAGGUUCAAAUUAAAAAUUGAUCAUUAAUUUUUUGAUUAUUUCUCCUUCUGUACAAACUAGUAUCAUACUUGAAGAUUUUGGUAUGGGAAAUGAAAAAAAGUCAUGGUCUUUUCUAAUAAGACGUCUGAAUUUCCUUCGAACGGUUAAAGUCCUUUUUUUAAUUCUACGAUUUUUGAAGAUUUCCUUUGAAUUUUUUUCUGAAAUAAAAAAAAAUCAACAACCUUCUGAUCUCCACGAUUCUGAUUGAGGUCUUCCUGGAGAACGUGAUCCGCGACGCGGUCACCUACUGCGAACACGCGAAACGCAAGACGGUCACCGCGAUGGACGUCGUCUACGCCCUCAAGCGUCAGGGCCGCACUCUCUACGGCUUCGGCGGAUAA